UAGUCUUCUCUUCUUUGAGGCAAGGAAAGUCAAGAAUUCAGAAAUGAGGUUCUCCAAUUCCAAAUGGGUCUCGCUUUGCUUUUGCCUCUUGCUUUCUCUGCAGAUUAUUCAGGGUUAUAAAGAAUCUGAAACUGCAAGAACUCUAAAGCUGGAGCAGGGGAAUGCUGCUCAUGAGGUACAUUGUUCAAGAGAAAGGAGUAGGGCUGCACAGAAGAUAAUUGAGGAGUAUCUAAUGCCCUUUGUGGAGAAAGAACAAUAUCAAAUGUCAAGAAGGUGUAGGCUUCACUCAGACAAUGACCUUUACAGAGAUCAGGAACAACACAAGAUCCGUGUAGAUGUAAAUGAAUGGAAAUGUGGAUACUGUAGAAAAAGGUUUUAUGAAGAGAAACACCUCGAUCAGCAUUUUGACAAUAGACAUUAUGAUUUGCUGAAUGUGAGUCACAGCAGGUGCUUGGCAGAUGUAUGUGGUGCAUUGCAUUGUGACCUUGUGAUGGACUCCACUCCUCGCAAAACUAAGUGCAAUCCUGCUGCUGCUUCAAGGAAUCAACAUCUGUGUGAGAGCCUAGCUGACAGUUGUUUUCCAGUCAAUGAGGGUCCUUCAGCAAGCCGCCUUCAUGAAUUCUUCCUACGGCAAUUCUGUGAUGCCCACACUUGUAACGGUGGUCAGAAACCCUUCUCUAGGGGGCACAGGAAGACUAGAAAUGUGUUCUACCUUAUUGUUUCCAUUUUGACUUUGAUGCUGUUGCUGCUUUUCUACAUCUUCAUUUAUAUGCACCGGAGGGGAAUGAAAGGGAAAACGGUACAGCUGAAGCGCAUCUCAAAAAGUGUGCAAAAGAAAAAGCCCUCGUAGUUGGUAAUUUUUCCAUUAACCAUGAUACCUGAUUCUUUUUCUAUUGGUUUCUGUGAGAGAGAGAGAGAGUGAGAGGAGAUGUAUUGUAUCGUUACAAUUUAAAAAUCAAUUGAUAUUUCUAGUUACAUUAUCUGCAUUUUUGAAUUUUGAGUAGUCUGCAUGUAGAGAAGCAAGAUUUGUAACAAUGCAACUGUCGGGUAAUUUGAUUAACUUGAUAAAGAUUUCUUUGAUCC